AAAUUGCCAAAAGCUACUGGGCAACACCCAACACUGAAGUUGAAGAAGAAACCAUAGUGGACUCCUCAGAAUCAAGUAUAGGAAUUAAUUACACAGUGGAUGAAUGGUUGGAUGAAACUCCUAUUUGUCUUGAAAACCUAGUAGUUCAAGUUAAUGAACAAAUUAAAAAAGGUGAAGAUAAUUUUACAAACCAACCAUGGUGGUUAGAACCAUUGGAAACUCUAUCAAAGAGACAUUAUAAGGAGUUUAAUAACUUUAAAGAUACUUAUCUUUGUAAUUUGAUUUGGUGGAAAGUACCAAACCCUGUUCAAUUUGUUUGA